ACGAGGAGGGGCGGGGGAGGGACGCAGAUGAGGGCGCCAACACUGCCAUCUAGAGGCGCGGUCCCGCAGUGUAUAUAAUGCUCGUCUGCAGCCCGGAGGGUCAGAGAGGCAGCGAACUUCGCACUAAGGCAGGGAGCGCACCAGCCGGGAGCCGAGCAGGAGGUCGUUGACCACCUCCCUCAGAACCAUGGAUGUUCAUCUCUUUGACUACAUGGAGCCGGGGAACUUCUCCGACAUCAGCUGGUCCUGCAACAGCAGCGACUGCAUCGGAGUUGACACGGUGCUGUGCCCCCACAUGCCCUACAAGAGCGCGCUGCUCUACACGCUGUCCUUUGUUUACAUCUUCAUCUUCGUCAUCGGCAUGAUCGCCAACUCCGUGGUGGUCUGGGUCAACAUCCAGGCCAAAACCACAGGCUACGACACGCACUGCUACAUCCUGAACCUGGCCAUCGCCGACCUGUGGGUGGUCCUCACCAUCCCGGUGUGGGUGGUCAGCCUGGUGCAGCAUAACCAGUGGCCCAUGGGCGAGCUCACCUGCAAGAUCACACACCUCAUCUUCUCCAUCAACCUGUUCGGCAGCAUCUUCUUCCUCACGUGCAUGAGCGUGGACCGAUACCUGUCGGUCACCUACUUCACCAACACCUCCAGCAGUCGGAAGAAGAUGGUGCGUCGCGUUGUCUGCGUCCUGGUGUGGCUGCUGGCCUUCUGUGUGUCCCUGCCCGAUACCUACUACCUGAAGACCGUCACGUCGGCAGCCAACAAUGAGACCUACUGCCGGUCCUUCUACCCGGAGCACAGCAUCAAGGAGUGGCUCAUUGGCAUGGAGCUGCUGUCCGUGGUCCUGGGCUUCGCCAUCCCUUUCUCCGUCAUCGCCGUCUUCUAUUUCCUCUUGGCCAGGGCCAUCUCGGCCUCCGGCGACCAAGAGAAGCACAGCAGCCGGAAGAUCAUUUUCUCCUACGUGGUGGUCUUCCUGGUCUGCUGGCUCCCCUACCACGCCGUGGUGCUCCUGGACGUCUUUUCCAUCCUCCACCUCAUCCCUUUCACCUGCCACCUGGAGAACUUCCUCUUCACGGCCCUGCACGUCACGCAGUGCCUGUCCCUGGUGCACUGCUGCGUCAACCCCGUGCUCUACAGCUUCAUCAACCGCAACUACAGGUACGAGCUCAUGAAGGCUUUUAUCUUCAAGUACUCCGCCAAAACCGGGCUCACCAAGCUUAUCGAUGCCUCCAGAGUGUCUGAAGCAGAGUACUCUGCUUUGGAGCAAAACGCCAAAUGAUGGGCAAUGCUGCAUCAGCUCUGAGACCCUCGUGCUUGCUCUUAACAGGGCAUCGGGCUGCAUUUUCCUCAAGAGUAAAGCAGAGGAGCUUCGGGUCUUGAAGCUCGAGAAGCUGAAGAGGGGAACACGUGUCGUCGUGUGUCCUUUCCGUCUCUCUUGUGCCAGCGUGUCUUGUUUCUGGGCUGUGCAUUCUGACAGCUUUGCAUCAUGCAGAGCUGUGCUGGGCAGCCCGUACUACGUGUCAAAGCCAGCUUCAGGACCGGCUUGCCCGUGCCUCUGUAAAAUAGGACUCUCAGAGUUCCCUGAAAAAAAAUUUUUUUUUAAUGUGGUGAUUCGUAUUUAAAUUCUAAGACUGUAUUUUCUCACUGUUGGUGUCCCUUAUACAUGCAUUUGAAAGUUAAAUAUAUUUUAAAUAUUGUUGGGGAAGUAUAAUGCUGACAUAUAUUCAGAGUUUUGCAGUUCUAAUGUUAGCUUGACUUCAGUUUUGACUAAGGGUGACAUGAAAUGUUAGCUGUUUUGAAAUUAUAUAUAAAUAUAUAUAUAUAUAAAUAUAUAUAAAUCUAUGCCAGUGUUGGCUGAAAUGUUUUAUUUACAAUAGUUUUAUAUCUGUGUGGUGCUUUGUACCAGUAUGGACUAUGGAACGACACUGCUCUGUAAUGCAGUUUGUGACGUUAAUAGUGUUGUGAAGUUAUGUUAAAAAACAAAAACAAAAAACUGUUCCAUUUGCAGCAUCAUGCACAAAACGAACAGUCAUAUUUCAGAGAGUUCUCUCAAUUUGUAAGUUAUUUUUUUUAAUAAAUUUUUUUUUUCGGAAAAAGGCAUUUGAGUCUCAGUUUCAAAAGCACGUGUUGGCUUUUAAUACACGGAUGUAAAUGGCAUAUGUAAAAAAUAGUUGCCGUCGAGUCGAUUCUGACUCCUGAUGACCCCACUUUUACCAGAGUUUUAAAUUGUGCUUCAUAGGGUUUUCCAGGUCUGAUUUUUGGAAGCAGAUUGCCAGACCUCUCUUCCGAGGCACUUUUGGGGGGACCUGGACCUCCA